CCCUUAUUAAUUACUCAACUUCACUCUUACUUCUUCUACAGCUGAUAAGUUUUGUACCACCUAACUUCUAAAUCCUUACCUUACGGCACCAUGUGUACGUUAGAAAAGCGUGGCGAUCUCUUUCUCCUAACCCUAACAGGCGACGACGAGCACAGAUUCCACCCGGACACAAUCGCAUCCGUUCUCUCGCUUCUCGAACAAGCCAAAUCUCAGUCCACAAAGGGAUCUGUCCUCAUCACGACCGGCCAUGGGAAAUUCUUCUCCAACGGCUUUGAUCUUGCAUGGGCUCAAUCAGCUGGAGCCGGAGCCAUACAACGGAUGCACCAAAUGGUUAAAUCUUUCAAGCCCGUGAUUGCAGCGCUUCUUGAUCUCCCCAUGCCAACGAUAGCCGCAUUAAACGGCCACGCGGCCGCCUCGGGGCUGAUGUUUGCGCUGAGCCACGACUACGUUUUCAUGAGGAAAGACCGUGGGGUUCUAUACAUGAGCGAGGUGGACAUUGGUCUGCCGCUGCCAGACUACUUCUCUGGAUUGGUCGUGGCUAAGGUUGGUUCAGGUAUCGCGAGGCGAGAGCUGUUGCUGAGCGGGAAGAAGCUAAAAGGAGAAGAAGCCGUGGCUCUUGGGAUCGUGGACUCGGCGGCGCAUGAUAGUGCGGAAGGUGUGGUGGAGGCAACAAUGAGCCUAGGGGAAAGCUUGGCAGCUAAGAAAUGGAACGGUGAGGUGUAUGCAUCCAUUAGGAAGAGUUUGUAUCCAGAGCUUUGUCGGAUGCUGAACUUAACGGGCAACAACUUGGCAACUAACAAUCUCUAGACUUCUUUAAGACUCUCGAAACAUUCAUUGUCUCGUUGGGAGACUAAUGUUCGAAAAUUGACUAAUGCCCGACAAAAGUCAAUGUCUAUUAAUUUCUUAUAAACUACGUUUCUUAAUUAGUUUGUGACCAAAAUAAAAAAAAAUAGAACUUCGUAUCUUUUAAAAAAUAGUAUUGUUAUUUCUAGUAAGUUGAAAUUAUAUUGACAUGGCCAUGUUCUAGUA